AUGGGGCUCCUGAGCUGGUGGAAGGCAAGCAAUCAGAAGCCAUCUGCCGUGCGAGAUACGAGGACCGAGAAAACCUCUGCAGCGCGCCCCAACCCCAAGCAGAAGCAGGCUGCGCGCUUGUUGAAGCCUGCUCGAGGCAUCCUCAAGCGACAGCAGUCCCCUGCGGCACGGACCAAGCGUGGCCGACCGUCGGUGCCGGCCACCCGCCCGACAGGCAACGGGUCGCUGAAGCAGGGAGUCAAGCCUCGGAAUGGCGCGCCUCCUGCAGGGCAGCGAGCCGGCGGCCGCGGGCGGCGGCGGGCGGGGGCGCCCACCUCCGCCGCGCCCCCCUCGCCUUCGCUGACCCACACCUCGGGCACGAGCGACCACACCGACACUGCCUCUGGAUCCAGCGCGCCCCGCAGGGGCCUGGGCCGAGCGCACUCAGGCACGCCAGGCCUGAAACGCAGCCGGAGCCUGUGGAAGACGCGGCCGCUGAUCAUUGACGAGAAGCUGCCUGUGUUUGUGGAGGGCGUCGACUCGCUGGCGCUGCUGGCGUAUGACAACGGCGACUUCUACCGCUGGCAGAAGGAGGUCGAGGCGGGGGUGGCCAGUGCGGCCGAUGCGGCGCCCUACCCGCUCAUCGUCCAGGACUCUGACUUCCGCACGCUGCUGGAGAUCCGGCCCGGCGGGGGCAAUGGCUGCGAGGAGGCGGGGUCCGGCGCCGGCGCAGCGGGCGCAGCGGCGCCAGGGUGUGGCAGACCCGGCCCCCGCCCGGGGUCCGGCAUUGCCGUGCCUCGCGCCACCCUCCUGCCCCCCGCCCUGCAGCCCGACGUCAUGCUGCUGGCGGGGGAGGGGCCCCCCAUCGUGGAGCACCGCAUGGGUGGCGAGGAUGCGACCCCGGGCCCGGCCUCCGAGGCGAAGGGGGGACGGGGCGACGGAGGCUCGGGCUCCGCCUCGCCCCCGCCGGCCGCCGCAGCGGCUGCGGCGCUCCCUCCCCAGCUGCAGCGGGACCCGCCCUACACACGCUACGUCCAGCCCACGCCUGAUGAGCUGGAGCUGGCGAUAGAAUAUGACCUGGAUGAGGAGGAUGAGGAGUGGCUGGAAGCUCACAAUGCCGAGGCCCGGCGCGCACGGAGCCGGGUGGCGCGGCGCACCCUGGCCGGGGAGUGGAUGGAACACCUCAUUGACCGCAUGGAGAAGGAGUACACCGCCGAGCUCCAGCGUCACCCGGAGCUGUGGACGCUGACCCCCGACCCAGACCGCCCCGAUGCGCCGCCCAGCGUGGGCCUGCCGCCUAUCGCCCGCAUCUUCCCCGUGGAGCGCUGCCUGGCCGUCCCCGGCAUCAACCACUACGAGCCGGUCAUCCGGCGCGUAUACGAGUACUGGCAGCGCAAGCACGAGGCGCGCGGCGCGCCCCUCAUCCAGCGCCUCUGGUACGAGCCGCCAUGGCACCGCCGCCGCGCAGCCGAGGCGAGGCACAGGAGCCUGGCGCUCGCGCAGACGCUGCCGCUGCCAGACCCCGAGGCGGCCGGGAAGAAAGGGGAAGCCAAGGCAGCCGCCGAGAAGGCGCCCGUGCGUGGCGGCAUGUCCGCCAGGGUCGGCAAAGGUGCUGCGCUCUCCAGGAAGAGCAGCCCGGCCGACCAGGCCAAAGACCCCAACAAGCCUCGAGCCCCCUCCCGCUUCACCAGAGCAAAGAGAAGGCACGCCUCGCACCCGUGGCACGAUCUGGAGAUCGGCGAGCAGGCCCCCGACCUCUUGCACGCCGUCAUCGAGAUCCCGCGCGGGUCCAAGGUCAAGUACGAGCUGGACAAGGUCUCCGGCCUGCUUUACGUGGAUCGUGUGCUCUACUCCUCCGUCGUCUACCCCCACAACUACGGCUUCAUCCCCCAGACCUACUGCGCGGACAACGACCCCCUGGACAUCCUGGUGCUGAUGCAGGAGCCGGUCGUGCCCUUCUCCUUCCUGCGCGCCAGGCCCAUCGGUGUCAUGCAGAUGGUGGACCAGGGGGAGCAGGACGACAAGAUCAUCGCCGUGCACGCCGACGACCCAGAGUUCAAGGACUAUACCGACAUCAAGGAGCUGCCCACGCACCGCCUGGCCGAGAUCCGCCGCUUCUUUGAGGACUACAAGAAGAACGAGAACAAGAUCGUGGUGGUGGACGAGUUUCUGGGACGCGAAGACGCUCUGAGGAUCAUCCGCGAGUCCCAGGACCUCUACAAGGACCUCUUUGUGCCCAAGCGGUCUCGCUGA